AUGCGUUCGACAUCUCCCUCCUUUGCGGCAAUAUGUAACCUUCGCUGUUCGUCGAAACCAAACACGGCUAGACCUCGGAGCGGGACACAUCGGAGAAACCUACCCUUGUACUGCCCACGGAGAUUAAACGAGUUCGGCAACACACUCACAAUACCCGCUCCAUUGAGCACCGUACUCAACACGUCUAACCGAAACUACCAAGCGAUACUCACGACGGAACCACUCGACACCGCCAAUAUCGUCGACGUCCCUACCGACUUAUCCACUCCCUUCGACUACCUGACGAACAGCGACACCGACGCGGGACAACACCGACCUGUGCAGCGCCCGUCAGUGGGCAUAGUACUGCAAGGAUACCGCAUGCCCCAAGUACUGGAGCGCCUGGUCCUGCAUCUGUACGAGACGGCUGGUACACCGCGCGAAUGUACGGACACACACACGGGUGGGACGUCGCGAGCUGGCGAGGGAGUGGAGAGCCAAGACGGAUUAGGAGAAAAAAGAACCGAAGGAGCCCAAGCCUGCUCUGGGACAGAAUGGUAUUGCGUCGAGCAACGAGUAGGCUGUGGGGGUAUAGAGUUUUCAGACGAGAUAUGCUAUCGUCUUGUUCGCGAGAUCGUUACGUUUGGUAACAGCGGAAUCGAAGGCGGGAAUGCCUUCAUGCGCGCGAAAGACUACUCGUGGACAAUUGGCAGGAGGUGA